AUGGACCCAGAAGGAAAAAGCAAUGAACAAGAGGUGGCGUCGAACGACGACAAAGAUAACCCCUUGUUGGGAACAGCGAAAGAUGGGAAAGAGAAAUUGGACGGCCAAGAGAAAGUAGACAAGGAUUCAAUGAAGGCGAAAGUCGCCACAAGAACCCCACGAAAACUGGAGUCGCAUGAUCCCGAUGUGAUUGUGGUUGUGGGUGGCGUGAGUUUCUGCCACUACAAGUCCAUUCUUUGCACUUGUGGUUUCUUUGAUACAAUGCUGUCCAGCAGCAUGAAAGAAUCAGAGACAGGCAAAAUCGAGUUCCCUGAUGGUGACCCCGAGGUUUGGCUUGAGGUCUACAAAUUCUUGGACCCUCUCGAGUACAUCACACUGGAACAACCCAUCUCAUCACUGCUCACAGAGGAAAAUUUUGAUGUUCUGUUCCCUUGGUUUGAUUAUCUUGGUAUGGAAAAACAUCUCCUACUGUGUGACAACAUGAAAAAAAAGCAAAUCAUGAAGAGCCAUGAACGACCAUCCUUUUCAAUGUGGGAGCAAUACAAGUCCCUCCCCAAUUUUCCCAUGACCAAAGAAGCCAUCAUCAAUGCAACAAAGUACUCUUCUCAUUACGUCGUCAGGAAUGCGACUACCAAAAAGUCCGAGUUCGAGGAACUCAAGAAGUUCUUGCUGGAUGAUGAAUGCGGUGAUGGAGUGUGGGCCUACUUCAUUUCUACAGUCGUCAAUCUGUCAGAGGAGAUGCUAAAUGAUCUAGACCGAGAGACAAUUGUUACCUCUCCAAUGUUCCAGUACUUGGUGGGAGAUAAACCAAAGCCCAUUCCGACAAUGGCGUUGUCUUGGGCUUCGCAAAAGCCAGCAGCCAGAAAGAAAAUGGCAGAUUCAUCCUCAGAGGAAGAAUCGUCGGAUGAGGAAUCUUCGGCGCCCGUGAAGAAGCGAGCCCCUGCUCCUGCACCGAAACCACUGCCAAGAGUGGUGGCAAGUAGGAGACAGAUAGACAGUGACUCUGACUCGAGCUAG